AUGAUGUCACCUGAAAACUUCUCACAGUCCAGUAGCAAUCCUUCAGUGUCCAGUGAACCCAUCAUGUCUCCCAAGAAGCCUGAAUCAAGCACCAUAUCUUCAGUGACCUCUGUAGAAAGCCUUGACAAGGAGAAUAUCUUGAAGAGAGUUGGCAGCCUGCCCUUGGUUUGUUCUGUCUGUGACUUGGUGUCUUCAAACUACACUUCCAUCAAGAGAAAAAGCUCCUACCUUCAGACAGUGUGUGAUGGAGCUGAGAAAGGUGUGAAGUCCCUCACAGGAGCUGCAGUCAGCCGGGCACAGCCACUUUUGACGUCGUUUGAACCUCAGAUUGCCACAGCAAACAAGUUUGCCUGUCGGGGCCUAGAUUCCAUGGAGGAGAAACUGCCCAUCCUUCAACAGACAGCUGUUCAGGUUGUCUCUGAUACAAGAGAGCUGAUGUCCUCCAAAGUCACAGGUGCCAAGAAUGCUGUAACGAACAGGUUGACUGGAGUGGUUGGUAUGACCAAAGAUGCCAUGCAGGGUGGAGUGAAGACCACGGCAUCCAUGGUGACCAGCAGCAUGAGCCUGGUGAUGGGAACACGAGUGGGGCAGAUGGCCAGGAACAGCGUGGAAGCAGUCCUGGACACGUCCCAUGCGUUUGUGGACCACUAUCUCUUCAUCAGUGAUGAAGAUACGAUUGAACUCAGUGCAUGUUAUGAAGACAGAGUGAAGCAACCCACGCAGCAAGUGCAGGCACGGGUCGGGUGCGAAGGUCACGUGGUUUGUUUGCUUUCCCUGCUGAACAAAUUCCACCGCUAUGCGUCCAAGUGGUCGAGGCACCUCCUGCAGCACUCCAGCCAGAGCCUCCAAAGGGCCCUGGAAAACUGCUAUGUGGAAUGGAAGGGGUGGCUAAUUGCCUUGCACUGCACAAUCAUGCUUCCCCUGAGGACUAUCUACUUGCUCAUUGUGUUUACCAUUGAAGAACUAUCGGCCAAGUUUUCCGACAAUGUCCCCCAAGCCUCUUACAUCUUCAAGGAACUCCAGUUGGCACUCUCCACUCUCGAUUGCUUCCAGGAUCUCUGCCAAAGGAUCUUUACCCGCGUGUGGGAAAAAAUGCUGGAGGAGGAGAACUUGAAUGUGCUACUGAACUACAUGGCGCAAAUGCUUCCCUUUUGCUUCUUUGCAAACCGCUCCAAGUGUAGGGCCUCCGUGGGCAACACCAUACGGGCUCUGAAGGCCAUGCAAAAAGCACAGGCAUCGAGAGACAGCCUCACUGGACUGCAGGAACCCAAUGGCAACGUGGCAAUGGCCACCUGA